CACACCCCUGCCCUGCCUCACCCCCCUCUCUUCCAGGGACCCUCCACACCACACCCAUGGCCUGCUACGACCUCUGCCGACCCUGCGGACCCACCCCGCUGGCCAACAGCUGCAACGAGCCCUGUGCCCUGCAAUGCCAGGACUCCCGCGUCAUCAUCAACCCUUCCCCUGUGCUGGUCACCCUGCCAGGACCCAUCAUGACCUCCUUCCCCCAGAGCACCGCCGUCGGAUCCACCUCCUCGGCUGCCGUGGGCACUGAACUCAAUGCCCAGGGACAGCCCAUCUCUGGGGGAUUUGGCUUUGGCCUUGGCUAUGGCCUGGGAGGCCUGGGCUGUGGCUACGGCAGAAGGGGCGGCUACAUCUGCUGAGGACCCUCAGCACCA